AGAAAAAAAAUCUCCCGAAGCCCUCGGCUGACGCUGCCACAAUCGCCUUUCAAUCUAUUGCCCCUUAUCCAAUCAAUCUAUUCCGUUUUCAAAUCGUUUUCUUCAUCGUUCCCGUUCAGUGGUUUAUCGUUGUUCAGUGACGUCUUCCCUUUCCUCCGUCGUUCAUCUUCUAUCUUCCUUCCUAUCUCUUCUUCUUCUAUUCCUGUUUGGUGGAUGAGUCCGGUGCUAGUUCAAGAUUUUGAGUUUAGUGUUUUGAAGCUUGAUCCCAUUUUUGUUAAAAUUAGACUUUAUUCAGAUUCACUACAUGUGCUUCAUAUCUUGUGUCCUGAGAUUCUGGUGCCAAUCAUCCCUUUUGUGAUGAGAUUAUAACAAUUCCUCUAUUCUGAUUAUAAACUUAUCAUUAUCCACUUCUCUUCCACUUACACUAUUGCGUGCUGAACCCAGAAAAUGCUUCAUUCUCUUUCGGUUCCUUCUCGUUCUCUUCCUUCUCGCUCUCACUCCCUUUCUGCCAACCCUAACCCUAAAUCCACCGCUUAUUACCUUAAGUUCCGCACAACCUACCGUGAAAACCUCCGUUACCUCAAAAUUCUCCGUGUCAUUGACCCCCAAACCAAACCCAACAGCCUCCCUCUUCCUGAUGCCGUCGAUCACAUUCUGGUCACCGUCAAUUUCCUCAAAUCCAGGGGCUUCUCCGAUGCCGAUUUCCCCAGGCUCGCCUUCCUCUGCCCUCAGCUCUUCUCCGACACCUUCCAAUACACUGACAUUGCUCCCGUUUUCGAUUUCUUAGCCCAUGAGCUUCCUGCCUCAGUUGAGGAAUCGUGCGCCUUGAUCCUCCGGUGCCCUAAUAUCCUCUUCUCUGAUGUUGAGUUCUGUCUUCGGCCAUCUCUCCGCUUUCUUCGGCAAAUCGGAGUUGAGAAUUUGAACAGGCCCACCAAUUUGACCGCCCAUUUGUUGAACACGCGGGUGGAGAAGCUUCGGAAGAAGAUUACAUUUCUGCAGAGCAUAGGUUUAUCGUAUGAGGAAGCAGCUAAUGUUUGUGCGAGAUACCCAGCCAUUUUUGGAUAUGGGCUUGAGAAUAAUUUGUUGCCAAAAUAUGAGUAUUUAGUGAAUCACAUGAAACGAAGUGUCGAAGAAUUGAAAGUGUUUCCCCAGUACUUCGGGUUUAGUCUGGAGAAGAGGAUUAUCCCAAGACAUUUGCAUCUUACACAGAGGAAUGUAGAGAUCCCAUUGAAAAGAAUGUUGAUGUGGGGUGAUGAAAAGUUCUACGCCAAGUGGAAGUGAAUUUUGGCGUUUAAAAAGCAAUUCUAGGGUCAAAUUUGUAUGCUUUUAAUACAUUUUUGAGUUUUUUUUUAUUAAGACAUUUUUCCAAUAUUUGCUUGAUUUGUGAAGUUAAUUUUUUUUCUUAGCAAAUAUCAAUGGCAUUUUUUAUGGCAAAA